CCGAUACGCACGCUCUGCUGUUGCGCUCUCAAUCAAUCAAGUUGAACGAUCCUGUCUUCGCCUGCGUUCAACGAGAUGCCCAUCCUCACCGAAUCGAUGCUAUCGAAUCUCAUUUCGGCCUCUCAGUCGUCAGAAGCUGUAUAGAACAUGCACUUACGGCGUGUGGGCGUUCGGGCAGCGCUUAUAAGGCCUUCCGUUGGAUCACCGCCACAAUUGCACCCUCACUUUCAUCUCUCGCCUCACGAAAGCUACGCCUCGCCCUCUCGACCUGCGCAUCUCAGCCUUGCGCCUGCGCCACAAUCUCUACAUAGGCGCCGCCAUCUAUAGCCUAAAAGCCUGUGAUUAGAUCUCAAUGCAGCAGGCAACACACACCCUAGCGUCUUCUUCUGACGUCGAGUACGAGGCCUCUGGGAGCAAGAGCACCGCCGACAGUAUGCAGCAAGCGCCGGAUAUCUUGAUUGCCACAAACGGUUCCUCGAACGCGGCGAGCGAUAGCACCCUCGCCACAUUACCGGCAAGCAACGCGCCCGCGACCUCGGAACACAUACCCCAAGCUUCCCUUCCCUGGCCUGACCUCAUCUUCGUCAAGCUGUUCGCCGACCAUCAUCCCGCGCCUUGUUACCGCCUGUGCGAGGAGGUCGACACCUUGCUGCUUUGGGCCUUCCUCCUCUCCAUGAUCCACGCCGCUUUCGUCGUAGUCGGCCUACAAGGCCUCACGAAGCAGCCCGAAGGUCUCCCAACGGAGUACCUGCGCGAGAUUCUGGCGCUUGUGAACAACUCGAGGGCAACGAUGAACAGCACCGCGGCCGCCACCCUCGAGCCAGCGCUUAUUGCUCUGGAAGGUCUCCUCGUUGAAAGGCAGAAUGUCACCGGCCUCGCGCACGACGUCCAUGUGGGUGUGAACGACCUCAACGUGUUCUGGCUCGCGGGGCUAGCGCUCAGCCUCGCGGCGUUGCUCGUGGGGAUGAUGUGCAGGCAGUGGUUGGGGGAGCUUGUGUGUGCGCGUUCGGCCCACGGUUCAAGCAACUCUCCGCACAGCGCUUUCCCCACCUCCAUGAACGCUUCCCCCAUCUCCAUGAACGCUUCCCCCACCCCCAUGAACAAGUUCCCCUCAAUCAUGUACUUUUGGAUUGCGCUCCUGCUCUCCUCCGCCUUGCGUCCCUGCUCUUCGUUGGAGGCGUGGUGCAAAUCUUGUGGCAGCAGCUUCGGCCCUGCCUUCCGCAUGCACUGCUCGAGCACCUUCCGCCAGCUUUGCUCGAUCAUCUUCCUUGCGCAGACGCUGUCUUUGCCGGCGUUCUACCUCUUGUGAUCGACUUGACGAUCGAAGUGUUGCAUGCUCGCACUUCCAAGAAGUACCUGUCGACGCCACCUGUUUAUCUUCAAGCACCUGGACCAGAGCCUGUACCCGCAACGCCUCGACGACGGAUAGGACGGUCCCGGG